AUGACUCCGGAAGAUGUCAGAACGGACGGAUACGAGAAUCACUUCGGCACAAACGUGCUAGGUCCAGCAUUGUUGACCCAGCUUCUAAUGCCCACUUUGCGCAAGGCAGCAGAGGCCAAUUUCCAGACUCACAUGGUUAUGCUCUCUUCUGCUGCAUAUGCUGUUGCGCCCAGUGAUAUGUACAAAUUCGAUGAAUUGCGUAUUAAUGCCGCCAACCGCCGCACCACUGAGCGUUACACCACGCUCAAGCUUGCCAAUAUCCAUUACGCUAGAGCUUUAGCUGGGACGGAAAAGAAAGUGAAGAUUGUCCCCGUUCGUCCCGGACUGAUGGCAACCAAUCUUCAUGAUUCGGAAUAUCCUACUUACUGCAAAUGA